CUGCAGGGCAGACAGGCAGGCAGGCAAAGCAGCUGCGGAGACAGCGGGGAGUGCUGACAACAGCGCACAGGCUCGUGCUGGGAAACUCAGAAACGCAACAUUUUCCUAAUUUGCGGCUUUAAUGUGCGGCUUUCUUCGCGCCUGAAACGUUCACUCUUUGUUUCGGUGCAUGCGUGGGAUUAUUUUCUCAUUCCGUCGGCCUGAAAUGACUGCUGGUCCCCGCGUCUAGCCAAUGGUUACCGCUGGGGGUCCUGUCCUGUGGAUUAUCCGUCGUCGCCGAGCCAGUCGCAUGGUCGAGCCCGGAGGAGGCCCUUCUCUGCUGGAUGGAUGUGCGUGAAUCAGCGCGGAACUCUGAGCCACUGAUGAGCGCUGUGAUAAAGAUGUCGCCUGGAUUUUAUCGGCAGCGGCUGGACUGAUCUUGGAUGUUCGGGCUCUGUCGCCCCCCACCCCCCCUGUAUACACAGACCAUUUCCUCACAUAACAAAAAUUGUAUUCCUUAAAAACUGGACGCCCCUGGAGCAGUUUAUGACGACCCUGGUAGGAGCGUGAUGAGCGCGCGCUUCCGCUUGCCUGCUGGCAGAUCCUACAAUGUCCGGGCGACUGAGCUGGAGCGAGACAGGCAGCACACACAGGUUGUGUGCAACGUACUGCUGCUGGACAACACAGUCCAGGCCUUCAAAGUCAAUAAGUCGGAUAAUGGCCAGGUGCUUCUGGAUGCUGUCUUCAAGCACCUGGAGCUGACCGAGAGGGACUACUUUGGCCUGCACCUGACUGACGACUCAUCAGAUGCACCACGCUGGCUGGAUCCCAAUAAGCCCGUCAGGAAACAGUUAAAAAGAGGGUCUCCCCAUAACUUAAGCUUCAGAGUCAAAUUCUUUGUGACAGACCCCAAUAAACUUCAGGAAGAAUACACACGGUACCAGUAUUUUCUGCAGAUCAAACAGGAUAUAUUAACUGGAAGAUUGCCCUGUCCUCACAACACAGCCGCGCUGCUGGCUUCCUAUGCCGUACAAUCUGAGUUGGGGGACUACAGUGAAGCAGAGCAUAGUCCGGGCUAUCUGUCUGAGUACUCCUUUAUCUCAAACCCCCCUCAAGACUUUCACAAAGAGGUCGCCAAACAUCACCAGCAGCACAGCGGUCUAUCUCCGGCCGAGUCAGAGUUUAAUUAUCUGAACACAGCACGCACGCUGGAGCUCUAUGGGGUAGAGCUGCACUAUGCAAGGGACCAGAGUAACACAGAGAUUCUCCUUGGGGUGAUGUCUGCUGGAAUCGUGAUUUACAAGAACAGGGUACGGAUCAACUAUUUCCCAUGGUUGAAAAUAGUGAAAAUCUCCUUCAAGUGCAAACAGUUCUUCAUCCAGCUGAGAAGAGAGGCAACAGAGUCUCGUGAGACGCUGCUCGGCUUCAACAUGGUCAACUACCGGGCCUGUAAGAACCUGUGGAAAGCCUGCGUGGAGCACCACACCUUCUUCAGGCUGGAGCGGCCCAUCCCGCCGCAGAAGAACUUCUUCGCCUACUACUUCACCCUGGGCUCCAAGUUCAGAUACUGCGGGCGGACGGAGGUGCAGUCUGUGCAGUACGGGAAGGAGAAAGGCAUCAAGGACAGAGUGUUUGCCAGGUCACCCAGCAAGCCGCUGGCCAGGAAGUUGGUGAGUGGAACCGACUGGGAGUCGGUCAGCAGGAACAGCCUAUCGGACGAGAGAUUGGAGACCCAGAGCCUGCCCACUCGUUCCCCGCCCGGAACGCCCAAUCAGAACUCGCUGUUUGUCCAAGAAGGCACGCGACUACGGCCGUCGUCGGUCGGCCACCUGGUGGAUCACGUGAUCCACGCUUCACCCAGCCUGCCCGUCUUUUCCUCCAAUCACAAGUCGGCGUCGUCCACGCAGGCUAACAGCAUCAGCCUGGACUCCACACCGUCUCCAGAUGGGGUGGAUGGUCAGCCUCCAGCUCUCCCGCCCAAGCAGCUGAGCAGGAAGACCCUGAGCCAGAUCAUCCAGGCCCACUCCCAGCAAAGCCUGCUGGACAAUCACCUCAAUGAGAUGUAUGAUGUUCCCGUCAAUGCCGACAAGACCACGCUGAACGGAGUAGUCCCUCACGAUAACUUGGUCCUGAUCAAGAUGAGACCGGAUGAACACGGACGCUUCGGCUUCAAUGUCAAGGGUGGAGCUGACCAGAAAAUGCCCAUCAUUGUGUCUAGAGUGGCUCCGGGAACCUCAGCUGACCUCUGUGUGCCUCGCCUUAACGAGGGCGACCAGGUAGUCCUGAUUAAUGGGCGGGACAUCUCUGACCACACCCAUGACCAGGUAGUCAUGUUCAUCAAGGCCAGCUGUGAGAACCACUCCGGGGAGCUCAUCUUAUUGGUCAGACCUAAUGCCAUCUAUGACGUGGUGGAGGAGAAGGUGGAUCCAGAGCCAGAUUUUCAGUACAUCCCUGAGAAAUCCCCUCAGGACCCGGCCCAGCUAGACCAGCAUGCUUUGAGAGACUCUAUGGUCGCACUGAAGGAAGGCCUGGGCGGCGGAGCCAUACUGGCACAGUUUGAUCAACUGUACAGGAAGAGGCCGGGGAUGACGAUGCUGUGUGCCAAAUUACCUCAGAACGUUUCCAAAAAUCGCUACAGAGACAUCUCUCCCUAUGAUGCCACCCGCGUCAUUCUGAAAAGCACAGAUGAUUACAUCAAUGCAAAUUACAUCAAUAUGGAGAUUCCUGCGUCCAGCCUGAUAAACCGCUACAUCGCGUGCCAGGGCCCGCUGCCCAACACCUGCCCCGACUUCUGGCAGAUGACGUGGGAGCAGGGCUCAUCCAUGGUGGUCAUGCUGACCACCCAGGUCGAGAGGGGGCGGGUGAAGUGUCACCAGUACUGGAAGGAUGAGCUGUCGAAGGACCCUGAGGAGGUGUGUUGCCAUAGUGACCAGUGUGGGCUGUUCUUUUUCUGGCUCCCGCUGCAGCAUGCGGGCCACAUAUUGGGAUCUGGUUGCCACGACAACCCAAACACCCCAGUCGGCCACAUUGCAGAAAAGGAGAAAGACGGAGAGCAGAGGAACAGAGAGUGGGAUGAGGAUGGUUUGAAGAACGGGGACUCUGUGUGUGUGUGUGUGUUCGUUCAGAGCGAGCAAAAGAGGGAAAUCACUCAGAUUCAGUACGUGGCUUGGCCCGACCACGGCGUUCCCGACGACUCCACUGAUUUCCUGGACUUUGUGGCUCUCGUACGGACCAAACGGGCUGGACAGGACCAGCCAAUGGUGGUGCACUGCAGCGCUGGGAUUGGUCGGACGGGCGUUCUGAUCACCAUGGAGACGGCGCUGUGUCUGAUGGAGUGCGGUCAGCCGGUGUAUCCUCUAGAAAUUGUCAAGACCAUGAGAGAUCAGCGGGCCAUGAUGAUACAGACACCUAGCCAGUACCGUUUUGUGUGCGAGGCCAUCCUCAAGGUCUACGAGGAAGACCUGUUCAAGCCGCUGAAGACGGCCCUCUACCAGCAGAGAGAGAAGGCGGCCGACGAGAAGGAGGAGGAGCGGAAAGAGCAGCAGAAAGCGGGAGAGGAGCGAGACGAGGCGACCGCGGCGACGGCAGAGAAAGGGGAGGCGGCCAAGGUGGAGAUGCUGGAAGAAGAGCUGGAGGGAGAGGAUGACGACGAAGUCGAGGUGCUGGAUGUGGGAGAAGUGACAGAAGAGGGGGAGGAAGAGGAAGAAGAGGAGGAGGAGGAAGUGGAGGAGCCGAGCGUCGCCAGUGCCACCAGCGUGACGAGCGAGACCAGCGCGAACCCCGAUCCCGCUAACCCGUGACGUGGGUGGGCGGGGCUCACCGGGAGGAGGCUGGACGAGAGAACAAAAGCACUGUUGCACUUUAAGCUGACAAAAAAUUAAACGAACAGACAAACUGACAUGAAAACCUUUGGACGUGAUGAGUUAAAAAAACCCAGCUGUGUCGAACAGGUACCUUUAGGGGGAGUUGAUGUUCAGGGUAACGAAAAAAAGAAUCAAAGAAUGAAUGAGAUGAUAAAACGUGGAUGGGGAGUUGCUGUAGUGCCAUAAGUACGAAGGGGAAGGGCCGCCACUGUGGAUGGAAAGCCUCCCCUCCGCUCUCUCUCUUAUUAUUUUAGUUUUUUAAAUCCCAAAGGGUCGCCCUGUCCCCUUCGGAGUGAGUCUGCCAGACGGACCUGCCUUUUUUUUUUUUUUUUUUUUUUGUGUCCUUUUAGCAGAUAAAGAGAAAAACCUUAUCUUUUGUUCCUCAGAGUAUUUAUUGUGUUUUAGUUUGUGUCAAACCCUGUCCACUGAACAAAAAAACGCUGUAUGUUUUGUUUGUACAAGUCUAGAGCUUCAUGCUUUCCUGAUUAAAUCUUAGGUAGUAAA